UGCGUCGGGUUGGCUCUACUUGGCGACAUAUAUGAUGUUGACGUCUUUAACAGAUAAGUCAAUAGUACAACUCUACCAGAUUCUAGAUUCUAAGUCAAACAUUUUGGAUUUGUGUGAAAUAUUUUCGUAUCGUCCUUACAAGCGAAAAUAACAAAAUGGUUUGCGGUGGAUUUGCUUGUUCACGACAUUCGUUAAUAGUAUUAAAUAUUAUUUACAUUGCUGUUUCAUUUAUUUUGAUUGGGGUUGCUGCCUAUUGUAGGGUAUCUGCUAUUAUAACAAGCCUGACUCUAGUGGGGAGUCUGAUUGCUUGUGGUGUGUUCCUGUUUCUCAUUGCGCUUGUUGGACUUGUUGGAGCUGCUAAACAUCAUCAAGUUUUGUUAUUUUUUUAUAUGAUCAUCUUGUUUGUUUUGUUUCUACUCCAAUUUGCUUUGGCUUGUGCAUGUUUGGCAGUAAAUGCAGAACAGAAAGAUUCCCUGGCCAGACAAGGAUGGCAAAUGUCAGAACCAAUGACCAAAGAUGAUGUCCAACACCAAUUUAAUUGUUGUGGUUUUGAAGAGCAGAAUCUUAAUGUGUCAAACCCCCUAGGUCACCCACCUUGUCAAGCGCUUGCAGCUUGUUGUCCUCCAGCCAGUACAGCUCCAUGCUGCACUGGAGUCUACUCUUCAGCUGAAGACCUGACUCCAUGCCCCUGUGAUAAAUGUUUGGAUAAGCUUCGGCCAAUUAUCUACAAUGCUUUCUCUGCCACUGGUGGUAUAGGCUUAUUUUUCAGCUUCACCGAGAUUAUUGGUGUGUGGUUGACAAUUCGCUACCGCAACCAGAAAGACCCUGCUGCUAACCCCAGUGCUUAUCUUUAAUCCUAAAAUCACUAGCAUGUUAAAAUGUCACAACGUGUCAGAUUAUAGGCGUGUGGUUGGCCAUGAGGUACAGAAACCAAAAAGAUCCGCGUGCCAAUCCUAGUGCUUUUUUGUAACAAUAGUUGAACACCUAUUUGUCUUCAUCUCUUUGCUGUUGUUUUGGAUACUCAUCAUUGUGACCUUUGUCUCUACUGUUCUUUUAUGUAAAUGUAUCGGAAGUCAUCCCACAUUUGCCAUUGUUUAUCUGUUUCAAGUUGCCUGCAGGUUAAAACUUAGUAGGAAA